AUGACCCUCCUCACCAACGCCCGCUCAGUAACAUGUAAAGCAAUCAGAAAAGCAACUACAAGUGCGAUCCCACGAACCCUCCUCCUAACCUUCGACGCCUUCGACACCCUCUUCCACCCCCGCAAGCCCGUCACGGAGCAAUACGCCAGCACGGCCCACGAAUACGGCCUUUCCAAAACAGAAAUCACGCCGGAGAAGCUCAAAGCCACAUUCAAAGAUCCUUCCACGCCCAGAUACAAGAUACCUGAACUAUGGUCGCGCCGAUGUUCUGCGUGGCCGUUACGGCGGUCCAAAACAAUGCGGCGCAGAUCUUCCGUCCAGACUUGUUGA